CACUCUCACACUCACCAGCAUGCAUUCCUUCUCGGCUACUCACUCCCCCUCUCAUUGUAAGCCAGUCCUUUCCUUCCAGAAGAGAGGGAUCAUGCUUCGUCCUUUUCCCUCCUCCUUCUCCUCCUCCUCUUCUUCACUUCCUCACUAUCAUUCUGGGGUCUCUGUAUCAAACGGAGCACUUUCACCACGUUUUCCUUCUGAGCAGAGCAUUGGAAGCUGUCCCUCUCUUCUCAGCAUGGUGGACUUUUAGAAGCGGGAUUUCCUGGGCUAGGACGCUUGCACAUCAGCUCUCUACACUACCAAAGGUUCCGAUUGGGAUGCAAGUCUUAGUGGGACACCUGCUUUUCUCACAGGACAGCUCACUUCUCCUUGAAGUUUAAGGACAAUCCAGGAAUCUCUUCAUUUUUUUUGUCUGUGUGUGAGAGAGCGAGAGUGUGUGUGUUGGUCUGUUAAGAUUUGGUUAUGAGUGUGUAAGAGAGUCUGUGUGUGAGCGAGUCUGUGUGUGAGCGAGUCUGUGUGUGGCUGUGUGUGUUGCUCUGUAUGCAGUGCAGUCCGCUCCCGCUCCUGGUUCUUGACUGGAGGGUUUAGCCGACGCUGGAGGGUGAAGGAGACCCCUCCACUGCAGUGGACCCGCUGUCCCCUACUCCCGGAGAACCUCCCCAGUGGCACAGACUAGUAUGAGAAGCGGAGGGAAGAGAAAGAGAAGGGCUAAGAGCCAGGUAUAACAAACAGAGAGAAAGAGGUAGAAUGAGAGGGGACUUUUCGACAAAACAGUGAAGUGUAUGACCACUAAAGGAGACAAAAACCACUUCAGGAGAGACAAAGACACUACAGACACAUACAACCCAGUGAAGACUGGAGCAAGGCUGGCAAGCAGCCCCAGCAGCCCACCACCACCACCACCGACAGUACAGCCACCACCAUGCAGGUGUCGUUUGCAUGUUCGGACCAGGACGGAGGAAGAGGAGGGCUGAGGCCCCCGGGGAAUGGAGGGCACAGCAAGCAGAAUGCCACCAGUGCCAACACGGCCAGCCAGGCGCGGGCACGUUUCCGUACGGUGGCCCUCAUCGCCCGCAGCCUGGGCUCCUUUACCAACCGCUACCACCACAACCUCAAGGAGUCCACCGCCAAGCUCACUGGCAUGAAGUACCGGAACCUGGGGAAAUCAGGCCUGCGUGUUUCCUGUUUGGGCCUCGGUACUUGGAUAACGUUUGGAGGUCAGAUUUCAGAUGAGGUGGCUGAGCAGCUGAUGACCAUCGCCUACGAGAACGGGGUCAAUCUCUUCGACACAGCCGAAGUUUACGCUGGGGGGAAAGCCGAGAUAAUCCUGGGGAACAUCAUCAAGAAAAAGUGCUGGAGGAGGUCGAGUCUGGUGAUCACCACCAAGCUCUACUGGGGAGGAAAAGCGGAGACAGAGAGAGGACUCAACAGAAAGCACAUAAUUGAAGGUCUGAGGAGCUCUCUACAGAGGAUGCAGCUGGAGUAUGUGGAUGUGGUGUUUGCCAACCGGCCCGACAGCAACACCCCCAUGGAGGAGAUUGUGAGGGCGAUGACCCAUGUGAUCAACCAGGGUAUGUCCAUGUACUGGGGGACAUCACGAUGGUCUGCCAUGGAGAUCAUGGAGGCGUACUCUGUGGCUAGGCAGUUUAACCUGAUCCCUCCAGUGUGUGAGCAGGCCGAGUAUAAUUUCUUCCAGAGGGACAAGGUUGAGACACAGCUGCCUGAGCUCUAUCACAAGAUAGGUGUGGGUGUGGUAUCCUGGUCGCCUCUAGCUUGUGGAAUCAUCACUGGGAAGUAUGAGAAUGGUAUCCCAGAAUGCUCCAGGGCCUCCAUGAAGCCGUAUGCCUGGUUGAAGGAGAAGAUAGUGAGUGAAGAUGGGAGGAAACAACAGGCCAAGCUGAAGGAGCUGACUACCAUCUCUGAGAAGCUGGGUUGCACUCUGCCACAACUAGCCAUCGCCUGGUGCCUGAGGAAUGAAGGAGUGAGCUCAGUGUUGCUGGGAACAUCCAGCCCCAUCCAGCUUGCAGAGAACCUGAGGGCCAUGGAGGUCAUUCCAAAGAUGACAGCAGGCAUUGUCACAGAGAUUGACCACGUCUUGGGAAACAGACCGCACAGUAAGAAGGACUUUCAUCAAGCACAUUAGGAUAGACCAUUUUACAGAACUGUGAUUGAUAGGCCUAAUCUGGACAAGAUCUCAUCAGUGGCACCUCCAGUGUGUGCCCAACCCUGCUCUUGUGUAUGUGUGUGUGUGUUCUGCACAGCUCCUCCGCCUGCCUCGUCCGUAUGAAGAUCAGCCUGUACUCAAUAUCGUUAACUGAGAGCUCUACUUGACAAAGCAUGCAUGCCACAGCUCUGCUACAGUGCAGACAGUUUAAACUUGCCUAAACAAUCAUUGUUAUCAAGAUGUGCUCAUAAAAGAAAAUCACACCAUUUCUUGAAUGGGGUCCAUCUGUUUGUAAAAGUUAUUUCUCUUGAUUUCAGAGCAACUUCCUCUGUCUCUGUAACGUCAGAGGAUAGUGUAUAGUGCAUCUCAAACAAUAAUUCAUCCUCAGAGCCACCAAUGAGCUUUAAAAGCAUGUCUGUAAUACAUUUUUAGACAUGCAUGGAUCAGGGGAGGUUAAACAUAAUUCCAA